UUGCUAAAGUUACUUAAAUCAUCAGAGCAGCUUCUUUACUAGUCUAUCUAUUCUAAGCGAGAAUCUGUACAAACUCAACAACAGAUAUGAAGAGGUUCCCUGCUAUUGUAUUCCUAUCAUGUGUAGCUACCAUAUGUUCCGCACUUGACACCAUGACUUCAACUCAAAUUUUGAAAGAUAGAGUCACCAUUUUUUCGUCUGCUCGGAUAUUUGACUUGGGAAUCUUCGGCCAGGGUGACUCCAAGAGUCCAUAUUCGGCGUCUCAUGGAUGUGUUAUGGAAAAACCACUGAUGUGUGAAAAGGGAGAUGGAUUUUAUAAGUUUUCUAGCGUCAAAGUGCCGGAUAUAAAUUCAUCCAAGUUUAAUGACAGCAUCAGGCUUCCGGACUGUAAAACAGUUUGCUUAGCAAACUGCUCCUGCAUGGCUUUUACAAUUCUAGACAUCAAGGGUGAUGAAAAAGAGUGUUUGCAAUGGUAUGGGAGUUUCUUUGACAUUCAACAACUUCCUAGAGGAGAUCAAGAUUUAUAUGUGAGGGUAUCUUUCUCUGAGUCAGAUCAAGCUAAGAGGAAAGAUAGGAGUAAACUACUGAUGAUGUUGACAAUGUUAGUAGCAUUGGUUUUACUAGUUCAAAUUUUGGGAUUUUGUAUAUGGAAGAAGAGAAAGCACAUACUAUUGAUGAGAUUCGAAGGGAGUCUUGAAAGAAAAUUUACAGAAUUCAACUCCAAGCGCCACAAAGAAGAUGUAGAGAAACCCCUAUUACCCUUAACCAUCCCAGCUGCUGCUAGUAACGAUUUAACAAUCAGUAAUAAGCUCAGAAAAGUUGAAGUUGGGGAAGUUUUCAAGGCCAGGAAAGCAAAACUUGGGAAAGUAAUCGCUCCGCUUCAACAAAUAGUGUCACCUUUCGGAAAGACUGAUGUGGCAUCAGUGCUAUCGGAAACCAUUGUACACAUUAAAUUUCUCCAUGAACAAGUCAGUAUAUUAACUAAUGCGGCAAUGGAAAGUGGAGCUUCCAUUCGACCACAGAAUUGUGAUAAUUCAAAGGAUUCGCAAGGGCAAAAACAAGAUCUUAGAAGUAGAGGGCUAUGUCUAGUUCCAGUUUCAAGCACCCACAAAACAACCAUUGCUUCCUGGGACCCGAGCCUGCAUUCAGAGGAGCUUAUGAUGAAUUUUAUUAACCAGUAUGAUUAACUAGUUCAACUGGCCGGCCUUUUAAAAGAACACUUUUGAUAUGCUUAUUUAUGUUUCGAUCUUUGUUUGUGUGUGCAUUGGUGCAAGUCAGAGUAUGGUGGCCCAGGGUCAUAUAUGGUAUAGCCUUAUUCAGUUAUUUCCCUUCAGUGUGUAUACUUCAUAUUUUAAGAUGUUUAGUUGAAAUA